UGAUUUAAAAAUGAAAAAAUGAAGAUAUGCCCUCUACAAGACGAAAGUCCAUUGGAGAAAAGACUUUUUACAUGUUUUGAAAAUGAAAGCUCACAUUUACGUCGAAGUUAAACUUGAGAGACCGUGAUGCGCUCUCUUACGAAAACUUAACAAUGCAUAUAAAUCUGAUGUGGCAUCUGAGAGGAAACUGAGGGUCCUUGUAAGAGAGAUUCCACCCUCCAUUUAAUUAUGCAGGAUACGGUAAGCCUGACGUACUAGUAAGUGGGUCAAAUAGGGUUGGAUAUCAUGGGGGACUCUCUGUCACAUCGCUAAUCGCUAUACUGGUAGCGAAAAUGACAUCUAUACCCCCUAAAACGCGUCUCUCACUUGACCCAAGGAACUGUGGACCAGGAUUUUCAGUAUAAAUGUGAAAGUGAGCUACAAGUAGGCCUAUAUAUGUAUAUGUCUUAUCAUAAAUCUAGUCGAUUUUAAAAAUAUUUGUUAAAACAUUAAAUUUAAUUUAAUUUCUGUGUCUUUGCCACUGUACGAGUAAGUAUAGUGAUUCCAUCUGUAUCAACUUUAAUAGAAGCGAUAUUUCAGCGCAAAGGGGAAUGUUUCAUGACUAGACGGUUAUCUUUGUUCAAAUUUCCUAUCAGUUGCUAAUUAUACAACACCUUGUGCCAGAGCGAGCUUACCCCUGAGCGUUAGAAAGACAAGAGACCAAAGUAGGUCAUCUAGACUUACAAGGCCAAGUACGCGCUAUUAGAACAGGUGAUUGUUGCUGUUACAACUCAUAGCUAGAAUGGCUGUCUCACUUAACCGCACUUCUGUGAUGGCUUCGUGUAUUUUAGCUGUGUUUUUUAUGAUCGUCACUAGCCAUGCUGAGAUUCUGGAAACCAAGCUCGGGAAAAUCCAAGGAAAAAGAGAAACGGUGAACGGAAAGGAAAUAGAUGUCUACCUGGGCAUACCAUAUGCAGAACCUCCCCUUGGACAUCUUCGCUUCCGAAAGCCAGUACCCAAAAAGCCAUGGACGCGUACUUUAGCCGCUACUGAGUACGGACCAUCUUGUAUGCAGAUUCUAUACCCCGGGAUGGCAGACAUGCUACAACACACUGAUGUGUCAGAAGAUUGCCUCAGUCUGAAUGUGUACGCCCCUGUAUCAGAAAAUAAGGCCCCCAAAGCGGUGAUGGUCUGGAUACACGGAGGUGGCUACGCGCUCGGUCAGGGAAUGAUGACCCCCUGCGAAGAAUUAGCUCUGCAUGGUGAUAUUAUCUGCGUCACCAUUAAUUACAGGCUGAACAUAUUUGGGUUUCUUACAACGCUGGACGAAAAUGCACCAAGCAACAUUGGACUGUGGGAUCAGCACGAGGCCUUGAAAUGGGUCAAAGAACAUAUCUCAAUAUUUGGUGGUGAUCCAGAAAGCAUUACCAUAUUUGGUGAAUCUGCCGGUGGUUCUAGUGUACAACAUCAGGCAGUGACUAAAUAUAACAUUGGGUUGGUUAAACGCGCCAUCAGCCAGAGUCCGCCCACAUUUAGUAACGGAUUUGCGUUGGCGAGGAAUCCUCUACUUACAACUAAGAAAAUGGCUCGCAAACUCAAUUGUAACACUUCUGAUAAUGAACAUCUCACGGAUACUCUAAAAUUGGUAAAUUGUCUCCGCCUAGUUUCCCCAGAAGAUCUGUUGAAUAAAACUACUGAGUUAGUGCAACCAGACCUUACAAAAGAAGAUGUAGAGUUUGAAAUUGCUUUUGCUCCAACAGAAGAUGGAGACUUUGUUCCAUAUGGGAUGAAGGACUAUUUUUCGGUUUCCAAGUCCAAACCCAGUCCGGAAAUGGAUGAGGCAUUCAGUAAAGUCGACUGGAUGGUGGGAUCUCUUGCCGACGAAGGCAACUUUAUGUUGUACUCUGCCGCCAUGCUGCAACAAGCUUUCGAGUUCAACAUAACAUCCGGGAUACCAGCCGAGAUAAUUGACAAAAAUCUAGUUCUUCCGGUGCUGAAACCAAUGUUUCCAGCUGGUAUAAAAACGGUACAAAAGCAUAUUCAUGAAAUGUACACACACAAAACUGACCCAAUUGAAAAUACACUCGCCAUGCGAGAUUUAUUCACUGAUAUUGUUUUCCACCAGCAUGUUGUAGAAUCAUCCCUCGCCCACUUGAGAUCAAAAACUGACACCCAGAAAUCUGCCACCUACGCCUACCUCGUCAGUCACGUAUUAAGUGGAAAAAACGCCGUUGACUACUUAAUAGGCUUCAGUCUCCCAUCUUGGACGAGAUGUGCGGCACACGGUGAUGAACUACCUUUACUCUUUGGAACAAAUAUCGUCAAAGAGGGUGUGGAAUUUGAGUGGUCUGAGGAGGACCAGAUUGCUGCUCAUACUGUGAUGACGUUUUGGACCAACUUUGCCAAAACAGGAAAUCCAAAUCAAGGUCUUCCCCUAGAGGGCGUGGCAACAUGGGAGGAGUUCACCAAGGACAAGAAAGGCUACAUCAACAUUGGGAAACAAACUGAGAUGGGAUACGAUCUACUACCAGAGAGGAUGAAGCUGUGGAUGUAUACUAUACCUGAGGAAAUAGAAAGAGAACGAGCAAUUAAACAAAAGACAGAGCUCUAAAUCAGAAUUUGACUUAAUUCCUACGAUACAACAAUAGAAUUGAUAUUAGUAUAACUUAACUUUGUAAUCAGACGUGUUUCCUGCUUAUAUAAUUUGCAAAUGACAGAAUUAGAUUUACUUCAAUGGAACAAAAAUAAAAAAAUACUGUUUGCAUUGUAAGUCUUCCUGACUGAGUAGAGAAAAAGUGUCGUUAUCAACAGAUAGACAUAGACAUAGAAUGCCCCAAGGUCUAUCAGGAAUUUUUUCACUGAAUGUUUUGGCAAAGGAAAUGUGAUAGACGUGUUAUAUCAUUAUCGUAUAGUUAUGCCUAGCAGAAACUGAUCUACUCCCCCUCAGUCUGCAGAUCUUAGGUUAACACUGGAUGUGAUAGGGGUGGGAAUAC